AUGACAGUCAAGCAAUUCCACCUUCCCCUCCGCCUCAAUCUGUCUCCCAAUCUGUCGCUCCUCCCAGUCAGAGUCGAGCCUCUUCCCGUCCUCCUUCCCAUUCCCCUUCUCGCCCUUCUUCUCGCCCUCCUUCUCGAUCUCCUUCUCGACCUCCUUCCCGCCCUCCUUCCCAUCCUCCUUCCCGUCCAUCUUCUCGCCCUCCUUCUCAUCCUCCUUCUCAUCUUCCUUCACAUCCUCCUUCUCAUCCUCCUUCUCCCCCUCAUUCUCCCCCUCAUUCUCCCCCUCAUUCUCCCCCUCAUUCUCCCCCUCCUCCUUAUCCCCCUCAUUCUCAUCCUCCUUCUCGGUCUCCUUCUCAUCCUCCUCAUCCUCCUUCUCAUUUUCCUUCUCAUUUUCCUUCUCAUCCUCCUUCUCAUCCUCCUUCUCAUCCUCCUUCUCAUCCUCCUUCUCAUCCUCCUUCUCAUCCUCCUUCUCAUCCUCCUUCUCAUCCUCCUUCUCGGCCUCCUUCUCGGCCUCCUUCUCGGCCUUCUUCUCGGCCUCCUUCUCGGCCUCCUUCUCGGCCUUCUUCUCGGCCUUCUUCUCGGCCUCCUUCUCAUCCGCCUUCUCGGCCUCCUUCCCAUCCGCCUUCUCGGCCCCCUUCUCAUCCCCCCUUCUCAUCCCCCUUCUCAUCCCCCUUCUCAUCCCCCUUCUCAUCCCCCUUCUCAUUCUCCUUCUCAUCCUCCGUCUCGUGCUUCUUCUCGGGCUUCUUCUCGUGCUUCCCCUCGACUUGCGUCUCCCCAACCUGUUGUUUGCGUCCCCGUCUCGCGUAGCAACUCUCCCGGUCAUCGCAAUGGUCAGCAAGCUCUCAGGAAGAGCGUGACGAUCUCAAAUGCCAGCAGGAACGAUGAAGUAGUUGCUCCUCUAGCAAAGGCGACAUCCCAUUUCCCAGAAGAAAUCACGACAUCUGCAUCGAUAGCCCCUGAAUCCUCAGGGUCAAUUUCCACGGCCGCGGAGCAAAAUUUCAUCCGUCGCUCUAAUCGAAGUAGAGCCCAACCGACGAAUUAUUACGCCGACCCUUGGGGCAGAACUCGCUUCAAAUCUGAAGAGCCACACACGAAUGCUGAUGUCAGUUUGAGUCCAGCCCCAGCCCCACAGGAGCCGUGCCGUGCCUUACAUCGUUGCGCAAAUGUCCAAAAGCUACUUUACAACCGUGAGCUUGCAGGCGGAAUUAAUCGAUCAAUGGUCACGGAUGUGAUCUCAGAUCUGAGACCCUGGAAGUCAUGGCAAGGCGCUUCAGGUGAUCUUCUUGUUUUGGCUUGGUCGCCAGAUGGUACUCAAUUUGCGGCAGGUGCUGCAGCAAAAUCCGAUGAGCAUAAUAUGGUGUAUAAUAAGCCAAACAAUCUUCUUUUAGGAGAUCUUCAGAGCAACCGUCUGAAGGAAAUACCAGAUCAUUGGAUUCCGCGACCGACCUCGUCAACUGUGGAUGAUCCACGGCUUUUUAUGACCGUCAACAACAUCCAGUGGAUUGACAACCGGAUUUACACUGCUAGCUUCGACAAAACUGUCAAGAUUUGGGCUGUUGAUGCAACGCGUGACAUAUCGUGUACUCAGACCUUACGGCAUGAGUCCCGAGUGGCAGUCAUGUCCGUCUCCAAAUUUGAUCCCAGUAUCUUGGCUACAGGCACAGAAUCAAUAUCGGUCUGGGAUACACGGGAUGCGGAAAAUCCUACAUCAACUCUGCUCCCCCUCGAGCGCGAAACACGGUAUAGAUCAACAGUUGAUUUUUCAGCGACAGCCUUAGCCUGGGGUCAUACUCCAUCUACCAAGGAAUUCCUGGCCGGAGGUCUCGCCGAAUCAGGCGAGGACAUAAUUUACAAAGGUCACUUGGGCUUGUGGCGAGCCCGCGAGUCUGCCUUUGAGACCAUCAAAAUGGCGACCAGCUCGCAGAAUGUCUUUGACAUCAAGUGGCACACUUCGUUGCCCAUUUUUGCAACGGCUAGUCCUGAAGAUCCUUCCGCCGCUCGGAUUAAAGGUAUCGGCAAAGCCACAAAAUCGAUUGUGAGAACAUUCAGUCUCAACGACGACCUCCAAAGGCGUGUACCGUCGUUGUCGGAGUUCUCCUGCCCGGCCUUGGAUGUCAACGAGGUCACUUUCUGUCCAACGGAUCCCAACGGGACAUAUAUCACUGCCAGCUGCACAAAUGGCACAACCUAUGUUUGGGACAACCGGAAGGGCGACAGAAUUCUUCACGAACUCCGGCAUAAUGAACCUCUCACCCCAAUCGAUGACCAGCGGACUCGGGAAACGGCAGACGUGGGUGUCAGGGUAGCUCUUUGGGGUUCGUCACUGGACCAAUUCUACACUGGUGCCUCGGACGGCGUUCUCAAACGAUGGGACAUUCGCCGGUCGCCGGAAGAUGUUCUCCUUGAGAAUGUCGCCACUUUCAACGAAGAGAUCAUGUGCGCGGCUUUCACCGAAGACCAAUCCCAUCUCCUCGUCGGGGAUCCUGACUCAACAAGUUUCAAUUUCGAACAUGCCCCAGAGCCCAAAGACACUAACGUUAGCGGCGUCGUUGCGGCAAACCAGCUUGUAUCGUCCGGCCAGGUCGUCAAACACCCAAUAUUUGGUAUGGGCCAAGGACCCCUUUACAAGGGGCCUUUUGCCUCGUGGGCUCGGAAAGUCACACCAAACGCCUCGCCCGAUCAAAUCAGGCACCUACCUUUGCUCAAGAAAUACCAGGACCAACAAUUGGAUGGACCACCGCCGGAGGAUCGCCAAGCACUCGACCCGAAUCAGCAACGAGAGGUUGCGAGACAAAUACAUCUUGCACAAAUCCGCAAUCGAAGAUCCACCAAGAGAAAACGCCAGGGCCACGAUGACGUUUCUAAUUCCUCCUUCCGAGGUUCCGCCUUGACUCCUAUGGAGUCCUUGCGCUUGGAGAAGAGAAGGAGAAGAAAGGCCGAGAGGAGAGAAGCGAGGAAAGAAUCCAACCAAGAGAACCGUGGAGAGAAUGGAGAAGAGCAGGCCAGAAAGAAAAUCAAAAGGAAGAAGAAGGUCCGAAUGAUAUCGUGCCCAAUCAUCAGUAACACUGAAUAUGUGGACCUCACCUUGGACUCCGAUACCGAGACGGAGAAGAAGCCGAGCCGACCUCGAUUUGAUUUCAGCGAGUUACUUGAGGCGCUUGAGGAUGAUAACUGGUUUCCAGGCAGUGGAGAAAUCGAUCCUAAUUUCCAAAAGGAAAUAGUCUAA